UCCGCGGUCCUUAAAGUGAGAAAAAAAGAAACCCAUCGGGAUCUCCUCUCUCUCCCUCGCCUCAGCCGCCAGGAGCGGCGGUCGAUCCGGUGCCGCGCCGGCCGCGGGCCGCCGGCCGGUGCCGGCGAGCGUCCGCGCCUUCGGAGUCUUCCUCUGCGCCUUUCUGCAUGGGGACGCGUUCGGAGGAGCUCGCUGCCAGGUUGGCGGCCGGGGGCCCCGGCGGCGUCGGCGGACCAGCAGGAGGAGGAUGCGGGGAGGGGCAGCACGAGCGGGUGGUCGCGCUCCGCGAGAUCAAGAACCAGACCUUCGAGAACCAGACCAAGAAGCUCCUCUACCUCCGCCUGGGUGCCGUGUUAGCGGUCGUCACGGCGCGUCACCAGCCAUGCUCGUCCAUGAGCGGCCGCGGCGCAGUACUUUGCUUGCGGGGUAGACGAUGGCGCGCAUGCCGUGCUUGCUGCUGGAGCCGUGGGGCACCUCCUCGCCCACCCCGACAACAAGUACCAUCCUUCUUCCGCGAUGCUGCUGCAUGCCAGGAUUCGCAGUGGCACCGCCGCAGCCAGCGAGGACACAAGCUCACGAGGAUUGUUGCCGCUUCGGAGGACAUGGGAGCUGCCAUAGCCAGCGAGUACGUGAGCGCACGUAGGCACCAUCGCUUUCGAGGAUGCGAGAGCCAUCUCAGCUUGAGAGAAUGCGCAUACCAUCUCCAGUGUGUGCAACAAGUGUUCCUCUAAACGUCUGAGCGUAAAGACUACUCAUGGGUGAUGCUUCUGUGACCAGACCUCUACGUAUGUCCUUUGCG